GUUCCGAAAAAAUAAGAAAAAACUAUUAAAUAGUGCAAAUAACUACUAUAUUUAAGUGCAACGUCUUAAUCCAAUAACACGAAUUGCGCAUACAUAUAAAUAACAAAGAGAUUUAGCAAUUUUAAAAGGAAAAUUGUAAGUGACGCAAAAACCACUCGCGUACAUAUGCACAUAUGUACAUACAUGUAUACGAACAGUCUUUUUAUUGAGAAAGUGCGAGAGAAAAAAUCAGUUUAUCUGUGUGUGUGCGUGCGCUGAACGUGGAGUGGAGAAGCGCGCGUGUCUGUGUGGGAGACUUGUGUUUCUUUUCAACGACACAAUUAUUUGUGGAUGGCUCUCCACUGUUGUAGGAGCACGAAAAUACCAACAAAUGCAGAAAAUGCUGAUUGCCAAACAACAAAUAAUGAAACAACAACAAAGGCAACUAUUAAAAGUAGUAGAACAAUAGCCCACAAUAGCAGCAGUGGCAAGAAAGAUAAAAGAAACCAUAAAGUACAACAAUUGCAUUGGAAAUUGAAGUUCGUUCGACAGAAGCCAGUGGAGGCACUUUUCGAUACUUGGCAGCCAUAUUUACAGCUAGAGCCAGCGCGACGACUACGGCAUUGUACAAAAAAUACGUGACAAACCGCCACAACACCAACACACACUUAGGACCGUACAAUACACGCACACAUACAUUCACGGCGUUGUCGUGGUCGGUCGAACGGUCACAAGCCAUACGUUGGAGAGAAGACUGUGUGUUAGAAGAGACUGAACAAGAAAUUAGCGUAAAUAAGCGAAACGGGAAUAAAGAAAAUUGAGAGAAACAAAAAUAACAAAACCUAUAUCAAACAAUUACAUUUUGGUUUUAUAAAACAAUAUCUAUUUUUUGUUUUGUGAUUUUACGAUAUAACAAAUACGAAAAAAUAAAUAACCAGUCCUACAAAGUGAAGUCCACAGUGUAUUACAUAAAAUAAAGUUGUAUAAAUAAAACAGACGCCCACGACUUGUAUACACCAAAUUAAAUUCAUAGUAAAUAUUAUGGAAAUUGCACCAUUGAUUAAUACCGUCGCAACAGCCGCUGUCGCCGCCACCGCGUCCUCGAUACGAUAUCAGCCGCCACAGUCACAGCAGCGCAGUCACGUUGGUACCAACUCAUCCCUUCAUCCAAAUGAUAAUGUCAACAACCUGGCGUUGCUCGCAUCGCUGACGUUACAAAAAGCGCUAAAUAUCAACAAUAGCAACAAUCCAGGCAGCGAUAGUGUUGGGACUUAUCAACAAGUUGGAACCACAACUACUAUUAAAAGCACAGCAGCAAUUAAUCAACAGCAACAACGACGACACUCUGAUAACGAAGACGAAAAUGAUGUUUUAAACAAACUGCUAAAAACAGGCGCUGUCUUCUCAAAGACAACUAAGAACAAUAACACCACAACAACAACGUUCGCAGCAGCGACAUCAUUAUCGUCAGCCAGUAGUGCACCCAUAGCCAUAGAAAAGAGAAAGAACAAUGGAAAUAGUACACAGAAACAGCGGCUCAAUUCAUCCAUAUCAUCGACCAAUUCAACGAUAUCCACGAACUCAUCAUCGGCCAAUAGCUAUGGCUCAGCCAUGGCCAAUGGCUUUGGAACGGAUACAACGGCUAGUGGUGAAGAUCCAACAACCACAACGACAACAAAGCCGGCGUCCAGCAUUAAGUUGCCAGAGAAAUCGAAAAUUCCGUCCGAUAUACUCGACGAUCUGGCCAGUCGUUUCAUUAUCAAUGUGCCCGACAUGGAACUCAACAAUCUAAUACGCAUUUGUUUUCAAAUUGAGUUGGCGCAUUGGUUCUACUUGGACUUCUUUUGUGCGCCAGCCUCGGAAGAGGCAGAAAAGGGCGCGCAAUCUAUGGCGGUUCAACGUAAAUUGCCAGUUGUGGGCAUAAAACAGUUCGCCAUGCAAUUAUUUCAGCAUAUACCAUUCCUCAAUAAACAUUUUGGCACUAUUCAUCAAAUUUUGGAGGAGUGGAAAAACUAUAAGCUAUCAGUGCCCACAUACGGCGCCAUACUCGUAUCGGAGGAUCUCAACUUUUGCCUGCUGGUGCAAUCGUAUUUCGCGCGCAACUCCUGGGGCUUUCCCAAAGGCAAAAUCAAUGAACAUGAAGAUCCCGCACAUUGUGCCACAAGGGAGGUCUACGAGGAAACAGGCUAUGAUAUUACGGACAUUAUCGAUGCUAACGAUUAUAUUGAGGCUUUUAUAAAUUACCAAUAUACACGUCUGUACAUUGUGCGUAACAUACCGCUGAACACUCAAUUCGCACCACGCACUCGCAAUGAGAUAAAAUGUUGUGAUUGGUUUCGCAUUGAUGCAUUGCCAAUCAAAAAAAAUGAUGCCAUAUCACAAGCCAAAUUAGGCAAAAAUGCCAAUUCAUUUUUUAUGAUCAUACCGUUUGUGAAGCGUUUAAAGAAAUGGGUGAACGAUCGACGAGCGGGUGGAUUUGAGCCGCAACGGAGACACAAAUGCUCUGGACAGCAAAGCCCAAAGACAGGCUCUCCCACAUUUAAUAACACCAACAACAUUAAUAAUAACAAAAAGGAGGCUGUUAACCAUCAGCCACUGCAACAGUCGCGCGCAUCGCGACGUCAACGUCACAAAUCCAUGGGAGAUUUAGACGGAAUCAAGUUGAAUAAUCUCAAUAAUAAGUCUGCAGUAGCAGCAACAACAACAGCAGCUGUUAUAACACCCAAGGCUAUCAAUAUUAACAACAAGCGUAAUAACAACCACAAUAAUAAUAAGCAGCUCAACGUUGCUGCAGGCAGCAAUAUAACAAACCAACAACAACACCAGCAGCAAGCAAAGUUGCCUCCUAACAACGCGCCAUUGACACCGGCAACAACAUCAGCAAUUUUAACAACCAAACGGCAGCUUUUCCAAAGCCAAAGCCAAAAUGAUGCACAGCCGCCGGCUGGCAAUGAAAAGAUGGUCUGCUCAUUUGAUUUGAUACGCAAAGAGAAGCAGCAGCAAAUGAAAGCGGCGGCUAAAGCUCAAAAGCAGCAGCUCCAACAGCAGCAGCAGCGCAUGCGUGCCAAAUCGCAGAGUGACAAGCAAAGCAAUCAGCAGCAACAGCAACAAGACAGGAGCAGCAUGAGCAAAAUGGAUAAUGUCCAACAACAAAAGCAGCAGCAGCAACAAAAACCAAAAACACCCACAACUGGCGUCGAUUUAAUAGCCAUGCUAACAGCUGCAGCUGCGGCUCAGACUGCACCUGCAUUAGACCAACAGCAGCAGCGUCCACGUCCAGCUUCGGUCUCCUUAAACUUGGGCCAAACGGCAAGAACACCAUCGACAUCCAACGGACUAGUUGUCAAUCCUGACACUUUGCACAAACUGCAACGCAUGGCCUCUGGUAGCAACUUGCGAAUUUUAAAGCGCCCACAACCGAUGCCACAACAGGCGCUGAACCAACAACAGCAACAACAUCAGCUACCACAACAGUUGCAACUGCAACGUCAAGCAUCAGCAGCAGGAGCAGCAGAUUUAACAACUACCUUUACGCCCAACUUUAAUUCGUGGACGAAUUUCUCGUUUACGAAGAACUUCAUAGCAAAUGUAUUUUGCUAAAUAUUCUAUUGAAAUUCCUACAGCCGCCACGCUUUAGUGCACUUCCAUAGAGAUUCACUACCAUAUACAUUUUUUUAAAGAUAUUUCAAUCCCUAAACAAAAGAACAUUUUAUGUGCAGCAAGAAUAACUUUUUGGGACUUUUUGUGCAAUUUUGAAAACCAGCAGUAUAGAUUUAAAGUAUUUCUCAUAUUUCACCAUUAGCAAGAAACAUUAUUAUUGUACAUCUAAUUUGUACAAAGACCAUACCGGUUUUAGGAACUAUAACAGAUCGAUAGAGUCUUCCGCACAGCACUCGUUCGUAACUUUUAUAAAUUUUGACAAGGGCAGCUUUUUAUAAAUGCAACAAAGGCACACUUAUCGAGCAACAACUGCAUACGCAGUGAAAGAGAACAAACACCAAGUGGAAACAAAAAACAAGAAUUUUCAAGUACAAUUAACGUAUUCUUUUGUUGUUGUAUAUGCUAUAAUAUGAGUGAAACUACUUCGAGCCAGCCGUGCGUAUUUUAUAAAAUACGCCAAAAGCGUAGCUUUAAAUACCUAAAACUCUUACUUUAUGUUUUAGUUCAUUUAAUUUUUAUUGUGUAUAAGAAAUUACUGAAUAUGGCAAGAAAACAAAAGUGAAACUGAGCCUGACUUUCUGGGUCGUUAUACUGCCCCCACCUAAAAUGUAAAAAAGAAAAGAACACAAAAAAAAAAAAAAAAAAAACAAAUGAUGUAAAUACUUAAUUGUGAUAUAGUAUUUCUUAGCACAAUUGUGAUCUUAAGAAAACGGCUAGCUACUAUUACUACUACAACAAAAGAAAAGAGUAACAUUUUAUAAAAUCCAAUACAUUUUAAUGAAAUGCUUUAAACAAUAAGGUUGCCAGAAUAUUCUUCCUAACUUGAAGGCAAAGUCGAUACUGGCACGGUGUAGGAAACGACAGUGCGUCAAUUUUGCAAUUUUAACGAAUUUAAAAACUAGCCUAAACUUCGAAGAUUAAAUAUCUUCAAACAACACUAUAAAUCCUAAACAGUAAAGAAAUUUAAGUGUUUAAAGAUUUGUACUGUUAACGUUAAAUUUGAUAUGCGAGAGGAAUGGUUCAUACAUAACUAUAUUUUUGAGAGCAUAAAAGGUCACUUUAAGAAAUGUUGAGCACUUUUUUUUAAGAUAUUGCGCAUGUGUAACUAAAUACACAUAAACAUAAUAUGUAUAUACAUAUGUACUUGUAUAAAGAAAUACUGUUGAAGUGUCCGAGAAAAAGUUUCCUAACAAUGCUAAGUUACACUCAGUUUAAACUUCGAAGUUGCUGCGGUUGAUGUUGCACAAAAGUAAGCUACGUUAUUAGGAAUGUUAGUAAAGACGGGCAUGGGAUUCUUAUGAUUGUAUUAAAAAAGACUCUGAAAUUAUUUGGAACUUGCCAAACUCAUUCCUGACACUGCUGCAUAUUGCCUUCCAUGUCUAGUCACUUAAAAUUGCUGCUCAUAAUUUGUUCUUUUGCAAUAUGUGCGCUUUUUUCUUUCCCAGCGUGAAAGAAAUGUCACGCUUCAUUACUGAAAUAGCAUUUGCAUUAAUUCUAAUUUUAGUUGACUUUUAAAGCUUUUUGAAAAGCCAUAUUAAUUUUUAUUUCAUUUUUUGUACAAUAUGGCAAGGGCUGAAAUAUCUGCAACACUAGUUGUUUUUACAAAUUUUAGUUUUUGUUUUCGUUUUUUAUUUCUUUCUUUUUUUUUUUUGUAUGAUUUGUACAUUUUUUAUUAUUUGAACCGAACAGUAAUAACAUCUGUUCAACAGUUCAAAUGAAUGCGCAAAAGAAAUUGGCAAUAAUUCUUUUAAAUGAUUUUUUGGUUUUUUUCUUCAACAUUUUACAAUUUUAUUGCGCAUUUGUUUGUCCCGAACGGGCUUUAAAUUGAAAGCGAACAAACACUAAAUAUCUCAAAUAUUUUGUGAAACGCAAAAUAAGGCAAUAUCUUUCUGAACCGAACUCCUUGAAAUACCACUCAUUGGCAAUAUUAUAAGAAAAAACACAUACAAAUACAUUUCACAACAAUAGUUAACCAUCCUUGUAUUGUGAAAAAACCCCUCCUCUACAUAUAUAUGCAGAUUAUUUUGUGAACAAAACUUAAUAUCAAUGGACAUAGCAAUAGUUUAUUUUAACGAACGAAAAAAACUACAACAAAGAAACCAUAAAUUAUAAGCAAGAAAAGUCAAGCUUAAGUACAAUAAACGACAGAUGAACCUCGUUCUUUUGUUCGAUUGUUCCAAUUCGAACCAUAUUCGGAAAAUAAAUCUGAUUUUGUGAUGUCUGUUUAUUGACUUAAGCUACAAUUGCUAUGCAUUUCGUCAUUUUUAAGUGAGCUUAAUUUACAAACAGGAUAACAAACUAUAGAACGUCCAAAAAUUAUGCAAAUACACAAAAAUAUCAGAAAUCAAUUUGUAGACCAAAAAUAAACUUGAACAGUCCAACUAAAGUAAAAAAAUAAAGUAAAACUAAAUAUCAUUUGUUAAAAAAAAAUAAAU